AGAAACCCUUGUAGCCAGAGAUGGGGACCAAGCCCACAGAGCAGGUCUCCUGGGGACUUUACUCCGGGUAUGAUGAGGAGGCCUAUUCGGUUGGGCCGCUGCCAGAGCUCUGUUACAAGGCUGAUGUCCAGGCUUUCAGUCGGGCCUUCCAACCCAGUGUCUCCCUGAUGGUGGCUGUGCUGGGUCUGGCUGGCAAUGGCCUAGUCUUGGCCACCCAUCUGGCAGCCAGACGAACUACCCGAUCUCCCACCUCCGUUCACCUGCUCCAGUUGGCCCUGGCUGACCUUUUAUUGGCCCUGACUUUGCCUUUUGCUGCAGCAGGGGCUCUUCAGGGCUGGAAUCUAGGAAGUACCACCUGCCGUGCCAUCUCAGGCCUCUACUCGGCCUCUUUCCACGCUGGCUUCCUCUUCCUAGCCUGUAUCAGCGCUGACCGCUAUGUGGCCAUCGCACGAGCUCUCCCAUCCGGGCAGCGGCCCUCAACGCCUAGCCGUGCGCACUUGGUUUCAGUCUUCGUGUGGCUGUUGUCGCUGUUCCUGGCUCUACCUGCGCUCCUUUUCAGCCGGGACGGGCCACGUGAAGGCCAACGACGCUGUCGGCUCAUUUUUCCCGAAAGCCUCACGCAGACUGUGAAAGGGGCAAGCGCGGUGGCGCAGGUGGUCCUCGGCUUCGCGCUCCCUCUGGGCGUCAUGGCAGCCUGUUAUGCGCUCCUGGGCCGCACGCUUCUGGCCGCCAGGGGGCCAGAGCGGCGGCGUGCACUGCGCGUCGUGGUGGCCUUGGUGGUGGCCUUCGUGGUGCUGCAGUUGCCCUACAGCCUUGCCCUGCUGCUGGAUACAGCCGAUCUACUGGCAGCCCGCGAACGGAGCUGCUCCUCCAGCAAGCGCAAGGAUCUAGCUUUGCUGGUCACCGGCGGCUUGACCCUGGUCCGCUGCAGCCUCAAUCCGGUGCUUUAUGCCUUUUUGGGCCUGCGUUUCCGCCGGGACCUGCGGAGGCUGCUCCAGGGCGGAGGAUGCAGCCCGAAGCCCAACCCUCGUGGCCGCUGCCCCCGUCGACUCCGCCUUUCUUCCUGCUCUGCUCCUACUGAGACCCACAGUCUCUCUUGGGACAACUAGGGCUACAAUUCUAGAGAAGGGGGUGGGCUAAAGAAACGAUCCCAGGGAGGAUAAUAGAAAGGGGAGUAAGUAGGGGGACGCUGAGAAAGACUUCAGGAUCUAAAGGAAUUGCCUCUGUGCUUAAUUAAAUUGAUUCUAUGCAAAUGA